AUGGGCUCUUCCUCGAGCAACGCCCGGGAGGCGGCUGCGCCGCCGCCGUCGCCGCCACCAUCUCCUCCUGCGGCGCCGGCGCCCCUCCACGUGAUGGACGCGGAAGAGGACGACGAGAACGUGAAGCAGCUCAACGAGUGCGCAGCCCUCUACCUCUCCCUCCAGGACUGCCUCGUCGAGUCCGACCGCAACUGGAAAGCCUGCCAAGCACAUGUUCAAGCUUUAAAAGCCUGUGAGGCAAGCAGAAACAAAAAUGAAAAAACAUGAAAUAUUUCCAGGUGCAGUUGGACCUGAAACUGUGUAUUUGCUUUCACCAGUCUGAAGCCAUGUCAUAUCAUCUUGAUGAAGACAAACAAAUAAUGUGCUGGAGUCCUCAGCUGAUGGAGAAGAUUUGUAACAUCACAAAUUAUAGUGUAGUUUCGACCGAAAAGACAUAGAUGAACAUGUUGUUUUUAUUGGCAAGAAUCACUGUACUAGAUUGAAUGUUUCAAUCAGCGCUUGCCAUUUUUUUGAAACGUUGAUAAAAGGGAGCAGUAUUAGCAUCUUCGCUUAAA